UGCGUGCGUGCACAGAUGUUUCUCAGUAGCUCUUCCUGCGUGCCCUCCUUCCUCCUCGACGAGUCGUCUUUAUGGGACAUAAUUAGUAUGCCAACGAGUUGAAAAAUGCACGAUAUCGCACACACGGAUAUCUGUUGGAUCUGCAGUUGACAUCAGGAUUGAAAGAAAAAAGACUUAGAGGCUCAGAACCUCCAGCACGGCAGCACCGCGAGAAGUGAAAGUGAAACUUAACCUUAGCCAUUUCAGAAGGGACUGUAGCUGGGAGAGGAAAUGGCCUCCGUAUAGCACUCUGAAGAGGAGUUCUCCUGUUUACGCUGAAACACUCAGGGAUCCUGUUCUCAUCCUGUUUGGUGUGUUGCAGGGGCUGCUGCACUAGACUGAGGAAGGCAAAAUGGCAGCUGGGGGCUCAAACAGCGGUUUUAAACUGGUCAUCCCUGAUCUUGUUGUGAAGUGUGAAAAUGGUGAUGAUGUCACACUGCCCUGUCACCUCUCUCCUGAAACCAGUGCUGUUGCCAUGGAGAUCAGGUGGUUUAGGAGGACAGACUGUAUCUACCUGUAUAAGAAUGGUCAUGUGAUAGAGGGAAGGGGCUAUGAGGGCAGAGUGAGUGUGGACCCCCAGCAGCUGCAGAGAGGAGAUGUGUCUCUCACACUGAGGGGCUGCACAUGGGGACAUGAUAAAGGAGUGUACACAUGCCAGGUCAUCUGUGAAGGACACCAGGAGGAGGGAAGAGUCGGGUUGGAGAUCAGAGGUGCUGCAGGAGGUAAGUACCAGAGAGUGUUUGGGUUUCUUUAG